AUGUUGAGAUUCGCUAGAGGCUCUUUGCGACAGACAGUGAAAACUGGUGCUAAUGUUCUUUGUAAAAGAAGAACCGCUGGGUUAACUCCCAGGUUAAUGAAUCAACGGUAUUCCAUGAUGUUAUUGACAAAUCGUGGAUUCCACCACUCUUGUCAGUUAUGCAAAUCCGUGGAAUUACCUUUCCAAGACUUAUCUCCGGAGGAACAAGCAGUUUUAACUGAAGAAAGGGCCGUUGAUAAAGUAGAUGUGUGUAUUGUUGGUGGUGGUCCUUCUGGUUUGGCCACAGCUAUCAAACUGAAACAACUGGAUACGGAUGAGAGAUUAAGAGUUGUGGUGUUGGAAAAAAGUGGUGAUAUUGGUUCUCACAUUGUUUCUGGUGUUAUAAUGGACCCAAGAGCGUUAAGAGAAUUAUUUCCUGAAAGUGAAUACUACGAUGCAAAUGGCCAAGGCAUCCCACUACCGCCAGAUUUAGUGACUAAAGUUGUUAGUGAAGAUUUGAAGUAUUUUAUGGGUAAUCUAUCCUUUCCCGUACCUGCACCACCCCAAAUGCAAAAUAAGAAUAAAAACUAUGUGGGUUCUUUGAGCCAAGUUGCCGCCUACUUAGCUGAAAGAGCAGAAGAACUAGGUGUCGAAAUUUAUCCCGGUAUUGCAGUUUCCGAUGUCAUCUACAGUGAAGAUGGCCAGUCCGUUGUUGGUGUAGCGACAAAGGAUAUGGGUAUUUCAAAAUCUGGUAAACCAAAGGAAAGUUUCGAAAAGGGUAUGGAAUUCCAUGCAAGACAGACCGUUUUUGCAGAAGGAUGUCAUGGAUCAUUAUCAAAACAAGUUAUCAAGAAAUUUGAUCUACGUAAGGGCAGACAGAAUCAAUCCUAUGGUCUCGGUAUUAAAGAAGUUUGGGAAGUCAAACCGGAAAAUUUCAAAAAGGGUUUCAUUUCACAUACAAUGGGAUACCCAUUGUCUAAUGAUGUCUACGGUGGUGGAUUCCAAUACCAUUUUGGUGACAAUUUGGUCACCGUGGGGUUGGUCGUUGGUUUAGACUAUAAGAAUCCAUAUAUUUCACCUUACCAGGAAUUCCAAAAAUUGAAACAACAUCCAUACUACAAAAACGUUUUACUUGGUGGUAGAUGUAUAUCCUAUGCUGCUCGUGCCUUGAAUGAAGGUGGGUUACAAGCAGUACCUAAGUUGCAUUUCCCAGGUGGUGUUCUAGUUGGUGCAUCUGCAGGAUUUAUGAACGUUCCAAAGAUCAAAGGUACUCAUACUGCAAUGAAAUCUGGUAUGCUAGCGGCAGAAAAAAUGUACGAAGCAAUUUCGCCGCUGCCCUCUUUAGAAGAAUUGGAAGAGGCAGAAAAUGAACAGCUGUUGGAAAAACCAAUCGAUUUAGAAUCUUACGAAAAUGCUUUCAAAAACUCAUGGAUUUAUGAAGAAUUGUACUCUGUGCGUAAUAUAAGACCAUCUUUCAAUACCAGUUUGGGCGGCUAUGGUGGUAUGAUGUAUUCCGGUUUAGAUUCAUUCAUUCUCAAAGGUCGUACCCCAUGGACCUUUGGAUUCCACGAAUCGGAUGCAUCUGUUACAGAAAGUGCAGAUAAACAUAAACCAAUUCAAUAUCCAAAGCCUGACGGUGAGGUCACUUUUGACAUUUUAACGUCUGUAUCUAGAACCGGUACUUAUCACGAUGAAGACGAAAAAUGCCAUUUAAGAGUUCCUGAUCAAGAUUUACAAAAGCAUGCUGAAGCUGCUUACCCCAAAUACAAGGGAAUUGAAAAUAGAUUCUGUCCAGCUGGUGUUUACGAAUACGUCGAAGAUGAAAAUUCACCACUGGGAGUUAAAUUCCAAAUCAAUUCUCAAAACUGCAUUCACUGUAAAACCUGUGACAUCAAAGUUCCAACCCAAGACAUUAAUUGGGUUGUUCCUGAAGGUGGCGACGGUCCUAAAUAUUCCCUAACUUGA